CGGGAGAAAGGCAGCGACGUUCUGUACGGCAGCGGGGUGGGCGAGUGCGGCAACGACCCCUGUCACCCCAACCCCUGUCACCACGGUGGCAUCUGCCACGUCAAGGAGGCAGAGAUGUUCCACUGCGAGUGUCUCCACACCUACACCGGCCCGACGUGUGCCGACGAGAGGAACCCCUGCGACCCGACGCCCUGCCACGUCUCUGCCACCUGCCUGGUGCUGGGAGGGAGGGUGCCGGAGGGAGGUGCCUUGUGCGCCUGCCCCAUGGGCCGGGAAGGAGACUUCUGCGAGCUAGUGACAGAGCAGGACCACACCAUGCCCUUCCUCCCGGAGUUCAAUGGCUUCUCCUACCUGGAGCUGAACGGGCUGCAGACCUUCGUUCCUGACCUGGACAAAAUGUCCAUGGAAGUUGUGUUCUUGGCCAAGAACCCCAGCGGCAUGAUCUUCUACAACGGCCAGAAGACAGAUGGCAAAGGGGACUUUGUCUCUCUGGCCUUACACGACGGCUACCUGGAGUACAGAUACGACCUGGGCAAAGGGGCGGCUGUGCUCAGGAGCAAGGAGCCAGUUCCCCUCAACACCUGGAUAAGUGUCUUGUUGGAGAGGAAUGGGCGCAAAGGGGUAAUGAGGAUCAACAACGGCGAGAGGGUGAUGGGAGAGUCACCGGUGGGGGGAGCCCCGGAUUUCAGCAAGCGGGCUCGAGCAGCCGCCAUCUCCACCAGCUUCGACGGAGCCGUGCAGAGGAUCUCCGUCAAGGGGGUGCCUGUGCUGAAGGAGCAGAACAUCCGCAGCGCCAUCGAGAUCUCCCCUUUCCGAGGCCACCCCUGCACCCAGAAACCCAACCCGUGCCAGAACGGAGGCACUUGCAGCCCCCGGCUAGAGAGCUACGAGUGCGCCUGCCAGAGGGGCUUCUCUGGAGCUCACUGCGAGAAAGUGAUCAUUGAGAAGGCUGCUGGAGAUGCAGAGGCCGUUGCUUUUGAUGGUAGGACGUAUAUGGAGUACCACAAUGCCGUGACAAAGAGGAGCGGGAAGGGGCUGGAGCGAUCCGACUACAUCGCCCUCGCCAUCGUGGACGGCUUCGUACAGAUGGCUUACGACCUCGGCUCCAAGCCCGUCAUCCUCCGAUCCACGGUGCCGGUCAACACCAACCAGUGGAUUCACAUCAAAGCCUACAGGGUCCAGAGAGAAGGUUCCCUUCAAGUUGGCAACGAAGCCCCCAUCGCCGGCUCUUCUCCGCUCGGUGCGACACAGCUCGAUACGGACGGGGCCCUAUGGCUGGGGGGAAUGGAGAAGCUGAGCGUGGCCCACAAGCUGCCCAAGGCUUACAGCACCGGCUUCAUUGGCUGCAUAAGGGACGUGAUUGUCGACCGCCAAGAACUGCACCUGGUGGAGGACGCUUUAAACAACCCCACGAUAUUACACUGCUCAGCCAAAUAGACCCCCAGGGACCCUCCCUUCUCCUUCCCUCCCUCCUGCCUAUUGCUGUAAUUAUUUUCUAUUUUUGUAAACUUAUUGCUUUUUAUAUUUUUGGGGGGGAGGGGGGGAAAGGGAGGGGAGGAAACACCUUUUUCUUUUGGGUUAUUUGUUCGGUUGCGGUCUAUCCAGGUCAGUCAGACUCUUAAUCAAACAGCAGCAACAAAGAACAAACCUUGAACCAAGUCUCCAAGAAGUGACAGAAGAACUUCUCCGUUGCCACCUGCAUUGUAAAUCUUAUUCAUACUUGAAGCUUCUUUUUUUUUGGGGAGGGGGUUGUUUUUCCCCGCUCCUUACUUGUGUUCUCGGGUUGUUGCUCAUGCCCGCGGGGGGAAAAAGGAUGCUGGUGCU